ACCUAUAAAAGGACAGAGGUGGCCCGGUGGACCCAGGGUUCCCCCCCGAUCUGACUUCCGUGCCUCCUUGGCCACCUGGAGGUGUCCUGGGGAAGCUGAGGCGGUCCCAGUCCAUUAUCCUGCCACGGGGAAGCGUUCCCCAGGUGCUUUGCAAACAGUGCCCGCUCUGUGGCUGGACACGUGGCCCCGAUGUUUGACUUUGGGGCGGCUUGCCGGGGGAGUCCAGGUCCUCUCCUUUCCGUGAUAAGAGUGGAAAAUGCCCAGUGGAGGCUGAAGGAGGCGGGGCGGUCGGCCAGCCAGGUGGGCGUGAAAGCGACCACCGCUCUCCGGCCGUUUCUCGACAGUAGCUCCAAGGAAAGAAGCCAUCAGCUUUUCGGAGACUUGCAUUCACCGGCAGCAGCGCUUAAAAAUAAGCUGCAAUCAGUGGGAGUUUCAGAAAAGACCUGAACCUGCCACCUCCGGAACCUGGGGGCUGUUCCUCUGACCCCUUCAUGGGCUGUCAGUUCUUCCUCAGCCUACUCCCCUGGCUCUGCUGGGGGAGGCCAGGCCCUUGGCACAAGGGGCGUGGCUUCAAUUCUUUGUAAAAGGGCACCCAGUGGGGAAAACCGUUCGCUGCCCUUAACGUCAGGGUACGCUGCGUCCAGCGGGGCACACGUCCAGCGGGGCACACGGGAGGUGCCGUGUGGAGCCCGUGGUCACCGUAAGCUAGGGACUAAGCUUGGAAACCCUGGGUGUGCCAGGCGCAGGGGCUGAGAUCUCACUGGCCAUUUUCUUUAGCAUGUAGAUGCUACUUUAAAAAGGAAAUGUGUAAUGGAGGCUUCCAAUGGGACGAGCCCUCCACCUGCCCACCCUGCUCAGGUCACCACGCACCUCUUCCUGGGCUUUGCCUUUCUGGGUCGGGAGCCUCUUACGAGUCCCCAGCUCCUUGGCCUCAGUAUAUUCCUCUGCAAAACGGGGGCAAUUUAUUUCUCCUAACGACUAGUUUGAGAUGUUAGUGAUGACGCUUGGGACUAGAAGCCAGUGAGAACUCUGAAGUCUUGGUUCUCAAGCUAAUGAGAGUUGCCUGGGGAGAAGGGGUGCCCAGCGCCCCUCUUUCCUGUCCUCCCCUGAGUCUCUGGGUCUGGGGACGUGCUCUGCAGGAUCUGCCCUUUCCUGCCUGGCCGUAGCCUCGCCGUUGUGAAUUUUCCAGUUUGGAGCUCAUUCAGCUUCCGUGCCUGCUUCUGCCCUGCUAAUCUCUGCGUGUGGUGGGCCCACCCACAGACCCCCCGGAGUCCCGCGCCUGCAGCCAGCUUUCCCUGCUCUGCUGCGCGGGGGACCCCUCCCCUGGAGCUCCCUCCUGGUCAUGGGUGGGUGUGGCUUCAGCACAGAGUCCUCCAGCUUUGCUUGUCUUUCCAUAAUGGUCAGGGGUGGACCCAGGGCCAAGACUUGGUGCCUCAGCUGUGAAAUAUACCUGUUUUCAGGGACCGUGGGGACUAGUUGGGGUUUGGCGCUGGGGCCUCCUCGUGGAGCUUUCCAGUGCUUCCUGCCUGCCCCCGGCUUCCCGCCAUCACCUCGGUCUUUUCUCCUGGCGUCCCAGGCCUGGGACCGGCCAUACCCUCUCUCCCUUCCCCUGCCGGCUUCUGAUCCUUACUAGCCUGGGCUCUGACGGCGGUGGCCUCUCCCGUCACGCUUACUCAUCACGGGGCAUGGGCGAUCAUAAGUAUUUGUCGAAUGAGAGGGAGGCUUUCUGGGGAGGAACCUUCUUAGUAAGGCUUCCCACCCACAUGUCACAUGAAAUGACAAGAGCCUUCCCUUGCUCUAGGAAAUGCCACGUUCCUGUUAAAAUCAUCCAUCAUCCCCUUGACUUUCCAUGUGGCGCUGGGCCUGUGACUUUUUCCUCUUCCCCACUAAUAACUUUAUCAAACCUGCCACCUCCGGAGUCUGGGGGCUGUUCCUCUGACCCCUUCAUGGGCUGGAGCCCCCCGGGUCAGAACUCACCUCAGUGCCCCACAGGGAGGCAGCUCUGGGUGGGACGUGUGCAAGUGGAUUAGACACGUGGGUGCUGGGACCCCGAGAGGAACUGGGAUGCUAUGUGCCAACUUGCAGGCUCCUGGGGGCAAGGCCGAGGCGAGGUCACCAGUAGCUGUGCCUGCCGGGCCCGGACGAGUGGCUGUGGGCUCCCUGGCAGACCUCAGUGCCCAGAGUGGGCUCCUCUGUGUGGCGGUCCUUGGCUGGACAGGCUGGCCCCUGUCAUUCGAGGGAGCCCACUUCCCGCCCGCCCCCAGCUCAUCCAUCAUGGCCAAGCGUCUGGGGUCUGCGGGCACCAGACCCAAGAAAGGAGCUCGGUGUUCCUGGCUCCUUGUCACAGGCCCUGAGUUGACUGAGCAGUGUGCGGGGAGGGCCUGGAACCCCCCGGGUCCUGUCUCAGCAUUCUCCACCUGCGUUGGGUCAGCCGGGGGCCCGCAGCUGUACUUUGGCUCCUGGCCCUCGGCUGUGAACAGAUUUACUCCCUACCGAAGAAUGGCCCGUGUCCACACCGGGGAAGUCACCUGCCUGGCCAGGUGGCCAGGUCUCGGGCCGUGGCGAUUCAGCCAGGCUGACGAGCGUGUGUCAGGCCCGCCCCUCCACACACAGUGGCCUGGGUCACUCUACCACCAGCCUUCUUGGCUCCCGCCGGUGGGGCUAGCCCAGAGGCCAGGUGUCUGGGUUGCCUCCUCUCCCCAUGGCCCGGGUCCAGCACCGCCCCUCCCCUGUCUUCAUCCUCAGGACCUCUUGGCACCUUCUCUGUGCCCCCUGGGACAUCUUUCCAUACUGAAGAACUGGGCAGAAGGGCACGGGGGAAUCAGAGGGCCUCUUCCCCCCCGCCAGCAACAUAGUGUGGGGAGAUUUAUCAGGCCCCGUUUGUGAAGAUCCCGGGCUAUUUCUGGGGCACCCUCCUCAGCCCCCCAUGUCUCCUCGUUCCGGAAAGAGCUAGAGAACUUCUGCGGGGGAGGGGCUUAGGGGUGGCAAACAAGGAAGGGCCAGGAGAACCCGUCGAGUGGCUGGUUUUUGUGUAAGGCGUGUGUGCAUUACGGAUUAAAAAGGGGUUUUCUGAGUUUUCCAAAGUCGCUCUUAUUCACACCUCGUGUGAGAUGGAGGACAGGUGCAGUGUUAAAACGACAGGUUGUGUCUUUAAAUCUGUAUUUAGGGCGUCACGGGGAUAGGGUAGUGGGGAUUGGGAAGGUGGCCCGGCUUUUACCCAGGCCUCCCCUUGGCACUGCCCCCGCCUUGCCAGGCCACCGCGCCCCGCCUCCUCCCUCCACCGUGACCCUCGUGACCUCGUCCCUGGUCCAGCUUUGUAAGACGAGGAUGUUUGUACUUGAUCGAGCCCAAGCGCUUACGUACUGUUUGUCUCACGUAACCCUUUCAGCCGCCCGGGGAGGUCCUGAGCCUGCUGUGGCUUCUGACUCUUCCAGUGGCUAAUUUUGGAUUUAUCAGGGAGCCGGGUGGCAUUCCCACAUUUCCACACUCCCACAGUCCUCCGUGCAAACCACGUUUUCUCCUCUGCAACAGCCGGGGUGUCCUCGUCACCUCCCCAGCGAUGUCACCGGGGUCUCUGGGUCCCUCUGCUCUCUGGGAUCUUCCCUGUGCUUGGGCAGUGGCUUCACAUUUGUUCUUUAGUCUGUCAGUCUUUUCUUCCCUGAUGCUUUUUUUUUUUUUUAAUGUGACAAUCAGCUCACAUUCUUCAUUCUGCGAAGCCAAGGUUGCCAGGGAGUGACCGUGACAGGUCCUUGCUGAUGGGUGUCUUCUGGGAGGGGUGUCCGCAGUGCCCCUGGCCAUUUAUCUAGGUCUGUAGAGGUGGAGCUGCCCUUGGGGACGGGGAGCCGGGGGUCGAGGGAGCUUCUCGCUGACUGUCGUCAUCUGCUGCUGCUGACCCCGCCCCCCAAACACCACAUUUGUCCCAAGACCCUCUUUUGGACAUCUCUCUGAGGCAGUCAUUGUGGGGCACCUGGGUAUCAAAAAGCCAUUCACCGAGGUCAUCCGUGCCAACAUCGGGGACGCCCAGGCCAUGGGGCAGCAACCCAUCACCUUCCUCCGACAGGUGAUAGCUCUGUGCACCUACCCGAACCUGUUGGGUAGCCCCAGCUUCCCAGAAGAUGCUAAGGAGCGAGCCCGGCGGAUCCUGCAGGCUUGCGGCGGGAACAGCCUAGGGUCGUACAGUGCCAGCCAGGGUAUCAAGUGCAUCCGUGAGGAUGUGGCUGCCUAUAUCACCAGGAGGGAUGGCGGCGUGCCUGCGGACCCAGACAACAUUUACCUGACCACGGGCGCUAGCGACGGCAUUACCACCAUCCUGAAGAUCCUGGUUUCCGGGGCUGGCAAGUCACGGACAGGGGUGAUGAUCCCCAUCCCGCAGUACCCCCUCUACUCGGCAGUCAUCUCUGAGCUCAAUGCCAUCCAGGUGAACUAUUACCUGGACGAGGAGAACUGCUGGGCCCUGAAUGUGAACGAGCUCCGGCGGGCCUUGCGGGAGGCCAGAGACCACUGUGACCCAAAGGUGCUGUGCAUCAUCAACCCCGGGAACCCCACAGGUCAGGUGCAGAGCAGGAAGUGCAUAGAAGAUGUGAUUCACUUUGCGUGGGAAGAGAAGGUUUUUCUCCUGGCUGAUGAGGUNNACCAGGACAACGUCUACUCCCCGGACUGCCGCUUCCACUCCUUUAAGAAGGUGCUUUCCGAGAUGGGGCCCGAGUACUCCAGCAACGUGGAGCUCGCCUCCUUCCACUCCACCUCCAAGGGCUACAUGGGCGAGUGUGGCUACAGGGGAGGCUACAUGGAGGUGAUCAACCUGCACCCCGAGAUCAAAGGCCAGCUGGUGAAGCUGCUCUCUGUGCGUCUGUGCCCGCCAGUGUCUGGGCAGGCCGCCAUGGACAUCGUCGUGAACCCCCCGGGGCCGGGAGAGGAGUCCUUCGAGCAGUUCAUGAGCGAGAAAGAGUCUGUCCUGGGCAAUCUGGCCAAGAAAGCGAAGCUGACAGAAGACAUGUUUAACCAAGUCCCGGGAAUUCACUGCAACCCCUUGCAGGGGGCUAUGUACGCCUUUCCGCGGAUCUUCAUCCCCCCCAAAGCCGUGGAAGCAGCUCAGGAUCACCAUUCUCCCUCCGGUGGAGAAGCUGAAGACGGUUCUCCAGAAGGUGAAGGAUUUCCAUGUCACGUUCCUGGAGAAGUACGCGUGAGCACCUCUCGACUGACCUCCAGGCCAGGCCGCGCUCACCACCCCAGCGGCUCUGCCUCGGGCCUCACAGCGGCCACUGGUCGUUGUCACUGUCACUUGACCCAGGACACUUCUUUCUUUGUGCCUUGAUGUUGGGGACACUUCCCUUCUGAGCAAAUGUGAAUUGGGGAUGUCUCAGAAGCCCUGUUUCCUUUUGAUGCUACCAAAGUCUUGGGGACUUGCCGAGCACGUAUGGCGGUGUCUCUGAAUCCGGUGCUGCUGUUGCUUCGUCUGGGGUGUGACACAGCCGGGCGUGCUGGGCGGGAUGUUUCAGAUCUGGAGAGACACAAGGUUUUGAGAAAUACGUGGCUUACACGGAGAGGACCAGAGGUCCCCAGGUCGCCACCGUGAUCUGUGAAAUAUAACCCUUGGCCGUGUGGAGACCUGGUCCCUCCCCAGAGCCUGGGAGUCCCCCGCGGGCUCAGAGGGCCCGCCCGUCUCUCAGGCAAGAACGGCGAGGCCAAGAGCACCUGGGGUUGCACUGGGUGCCAGGCUGGGUCGCGGUGGGUCCUGGGGGCCACAGCCCACGCUCAGAUGUCCUGCAGGGAGGAGCAGGUGUGAGCCAGGCUUUGGGGGCGAAGGGUUGUCUUGAGCAUGCUUAGGCUGGGACCCCCAUCUGAGAGGUCUCCCUGGGCUUCAGGGAUGGAGGGCACAGCCCAGCGAGGCCGCAGUCACGUGGAGGGGUUCUGCCGGUGGCUGUCUGUCCGCCUUGCCAAGCCCCGCCCUCUCCCAAGGGCCUCACUGAGCCGUCGCACACUGCCCUCUGCUGGCGGCAGCGGGGAUGCCAGUGGAAUCCUGCCCCUCCUCCGUGGGGCUGUUUCAGACGGAGACUCCGUUUCUUAGCCUGUAAUUGGCCAAAGUGCCUGGCAGCUCGGCUGCUGUGGACGAGGGCGUGUGAUCCAUUCGAAGUGUACGGAAGGGUGUUAGCCCAACACAGCGUUUUCCCUCCACAUUUGCUGCUGGCUGGCCUCACAGACUCUGCAGCCGGUGUCCUAUAACGUCAGCCAUCCCUCCGGGCCAGGGGGAUGUCGUCCACCAAGCGUGCAGCUUCCCCAGCCCAGCAAUCCCGCGGCCCAGCAAUGCCCACACCCCUACAGAGUGGGCGCCAGGGCCAGCAGCAGAUGUGGCUCCUCCCUCACCGUGACCCCCCUGCAGUGGGCAGUUAGGGAACCCGAGGCCAGCUCAGGAGUUUGGAGACCCAGCAAGCCCCAGAACUGAAUGGAAGGAGCUGGAGAGAGAAGGGUAGGGGAGUGAGCUUUGAAAUAGCCUCCUGUGCCUGAAGUCUCCGUGUGGGGUCCACGCAGAGGCUGUGAUCGAAAACUUCAAGCCGUUGCCACCCGCUAAUGCCAGAGUCCCUGUGAAGAAAGCAGCCACACUCUCAAGUAACAAAGGGAACGUUUGGGAUCUUUUCCUCCCUUAGAAAAAUUGAGGAAAAUUAAACUCGUGCCCGUCAUGUAUAAACCAGGAUGUGUCUCAGAGCUGUGAGAUUUCUGGAGGAAAGUUUAAAUAGAAGCUAGUCUAUUUUUUAUAUUUUUGUAAUGAUUGCUUUUUUCAUGGGGUGGGGCUAGUAUUUAUAGUCUUAACAAGUCCAGUAGUUUUUUAUGAAAAUCUUCAGAUUAUAAGUAACCCCUAAAAACUGCAACGUUUACAUGAUUUUUAAAAAGAUGCUGUAUGCUCUUGGUUUGCUUUUUAAAAUAAAUGGACAAAAACGUAAGGGGCACUGGCUUAGGACGUUAACGCCCUUUGGAUAGAAACGCUGAUUGUGAUAGAUUUCAUUCUCUACAGAUUCUGUCCCCGUGUCUCAUGUGGGCACCACCAGAGGAAGUCAUCUGUCAUUUGGGGUCACACUUUAAAUCUACGCCUGUGAAGCUUUCUGUCCGUCUCGGUCCACAGGUGGAGGAUGCUGGGCUGUACCUUGGGGGACGGUCACCUUACCUCAAGGCCGGGCCGGUGGUUGUCCCAGGGUGCAAAUAUGCAGAGAGAUAGCUCUGCUGGAAAUUUCUAAAUAAAAUCCAUGUCAAAAAUG